AUCUCUACGAGUCAUAAAUCCUUAGGACCCCUAAGAAAAAAAUAUCUUUUAAGUAUGUGCAACAGAUACAUGGAGAAAGAAGGAAACGAUGGCCCAAACCCCACUGGAAAACCCUCACCGGGUGACUUCCAUUCUGACACAUACAAUCUUCACUUUAAGGGUUUGGUAAGGCAGGAAACAUCUGCUCAGUUAUCGGCGGGAUUUAGGGUUGCAAUUUGCAGAGAAGAGGAUGAUUCUCUCUUGUUUCAGAUGAAAGGAUCACUUCAUGACUCCGUGAUUACAGUUUUGGAGGCUGAGCUUAUGGCACUGAAGCGAGGACUAACUGAAGCCGUGAGUUUGGGGAUCAGUCAUAUCUCAAUCUGCUGUGAUAGUUUUCAGAUUUUUGAAUUGGUCAUGGGGAGAUCCGCGCCUGAGCAAGAGAACAUCGCCUUGCUAAUGGAUGAUGUGCAACGCAUAAGACGUGAAUUGACAUCUAGCAUUCCUGUUCUUGUGACUGAAAAUCAAGCCAAGUUUGCGUAUAAGCUUGCUAAGGAAUCAAUAAGCAUACGUACGCCUCCUACCGAGAAGAAGACUUCCGGUGGGGUUAAUAUCGUCAUCAAUUCAGUGUGGAGUGGAUGAAACAACAUAUAGAAGUGAGGCUAAUCGAGGGAGAUGUACCGAGAUGUCCUCACUAUGGCUGCAAAUCAAUCCUAACUCUUAAA